UCAAGCAUCAUGGCUUGUUCACUUUGGCUAGAACUACUCAUCCCUUCAGCCAUUGUUAUGCUCAUUAUCUCUCCCAAGAUCACAGCCCAACAACCCACAUACCGCUACCACACGUGCCCAAACACCUCAACUUUCACUCCCAAUUCUGCCUUCUCAAAAAACCUCAAUGCCACUCUCUCUUCUCUCCUCUCAAAUGCCACCCUCUCCAAUGGAUUUUCCAACACCAGCAGUGGUGCCCUGCAGGGCCCUGACGCAGCCAAUGGCCUCUUUCUAUGCAGAGGAGACAUCUCUCCAAGUUUAUGCCAAACUUGUGUCAAGGCCUCUAGUGAAGAUAUCAUAACCCGUUGUCCAAACCAGAAGGAGGCCAUUAUAUGGUAUGAUGAGUGCAUGUUGAGAUACUCAAACAGAUCCAUUUUUGCAGAUAUGGAAGAAAGUCCUACUGUUUAUCUGUGGAACAUAAACAAUGCUUCAAAUCCAAGUCAGUUUAAUGAGACUUUGGAUGAUUUGAUGGGCAGUUUGGUGAAUAAGGCUGUGGGUUCUAGCAAAUUUUUUGCAACUGAAGAUGUGAAUUUGACAACUUUUAAUAGGCUGUAUGGACUGGUGCAAUGCACUCCUGACAUUUUUCCAUUAGACUGCAGGACGUGUUUGGCUAAUUGUGUUAGGGAGAUUCCUAGUUGUUGUAAUGGGAAGCAAGGAGGUCGAGUUUAUAAGCCCAGCUGCAACAUCAGGUUUGAAGUUUCCCCCUUUUACACUGAGGCCUCUCAACCACCGCCUCCUUCUACAAACGCCACUCCUCCAUCAUCACCUUCACCUCCACCACCACCAGCAACGUUGACAAAUUCCGGAGGAAAUAGGAAGAUCUCCUCGGAGACAAUUAUAACAAUUACAGUCCUUGCUGUCCUUGUUUUCAUAAUGAUUUUAUCCGCUUCAUGCUACUGCCUCCUCAGAAGAAAAGAGUACCACGUUGCAAAUGAGGGAAAUGGUGGAAAUGAAAUUUCAGUGGUGGAAUCUUUACAAUUAGGCUUGCAUUCCGUUAUAGCUGCCACAUGCAAUUUCUCUGAAGGAAACAAGAUUGGUAAGGGUGGAUUUGGCAGUGUGUACAAGGGUACACUGCACAAUGGACAGAUGGUAGCUAUAAAGAGGCUAUCAGAAAGCUCAGGUCAAGGUUUAGAAGAAUUCAGGAAUGAGGUUACCUUGGUAGCCAAGCUUCAGCACAGAAAUUUGGUGAGGUUACUCGGAUUUUGUGCUGAAGAAGGGGAGAAAAUACUUGUCUAUGAAUUUGUGUCCAACAAAAGCCUUGAUUACUUCCUUUUUGAUCCUGAAAAACAAGGGCAAUUGGAUUGGCUAAUGCGAUGCAAGAUUAUAGGAGGAAUUGCUCGAGGACUCCUAUACCUUCAUGAGGAUUCCAGCCUCAGGAUUAUACAUCGUGACCUCAAAGCUAGCAAUGUUCUCUUGGAUGAGGAUAUGAACCCAAAGAUAGCAGAUUUUGGCAUGGCAAGGAUUUGUAGGGUGGAUCAAAGUCAAGGGAAUACAAGCAGAAUUGUUGGCACAUAUGGUUAUAUGCCUCCAGAGUAUGCAUUGCAUGGAGAGUUUUCAAUCAAGUCCGAUGUAUACAGCUAUGGAGUUCUAAUACUAGAGAUCAUAAGCAGCAGAAAGAAUAGUUCUUUCUAUCAAUCAGAUUAUGCAGAGGACCUCUUGAGCUAUGCCUGGAGACUUUGGAGGGAUGGAACACCAUUGGAGCUAACAGAUCAAACUCUAGGCAUAUCUUUUCAUCAAAAUGAAGUCACCCGAUACAUCCAUAUUGCAUUAUUGUGCGUUCAGGAUGAUCCAGCAGACAGGCCUAUGAUAGCAGCUGUACUACUCAUGCUUAGCAGUUUCUCUGUAACACUGCCACUACCGAAACGCCCAGCAUUCUGCGUUCAUAGCAGGACUGGGCUGAGUAGUUCAGAAUUGGGUCGGGAAGCAGUUCAAUCUUCAAGCAAAUCCAUGCCUUCAUCUGUAAAUGAAGCUUCCAUAACUGAACUCUACCCUCUUUAGAACAACUACAUUCAAUACAAAUAAGGCUUGUUUAUGAUUUAAUAAUGCUUGUUCUCAAGACAUUUCGUGUGUACAGGACAUGUUAACUAGCCUCUAGCUCAGUAAAUGAAGCCUCAUUCAAGGAAAA